AAACCAACAAGUUUAGACUUAUGGUAUGGCCUUGCUAUUUAUACGAUCAACAGGUUCUGAAUGAAUUCACUCAUGGCAAACAAGAGAAGGUAAACAAGACUGAGUUUAAAGAGGUUCUCUCAGAUAUUCUACUAGGCAUGGCUGCUGGUUUGAAGCGAGACCCAAUUGUGAUCCUCCGUAUUGAUGGGGAAGACCUUUUAGAGUUCAUCAAUGGACCAAGCUAUGAAGCAGAGAUGGUGUCUAUAUUUACUCAGAUAGAGUCACCUGAUGCAUCCCUUCGAGAUUACAUUAUAAAGGCUUUUGAAAAACUUUCUGUUGAUCAAGGGAUGCCCCCUUCUUCUGAUUCUUGGGUGCUGAACAACAUUGUAGAACCAGCUCUGCAAUCUUGCAGUGCAAUUGAUCAAGACAAACUUGUAUCACAAGAAGUUUUCUUGACAGAAUUUAAAAAAGUAGCAGAGUGUGUGGCUCAACGUCUCCAAGAGCAGCCUGUGAUUGUUGCCCAUAGUGAAAACACCUUUGAUGGAAGUGGCAUCAAGAGACUGCUGUCCAAUAAGUUUGAACUAGAAAAGUCAUUGAACACAGCACUAGAGAAUGUCCCAAAAGAUAAAAACGGAACAAUAUCAAAGGAGUUUCUACAGCUGGUACUAGAUGCUGUGGCUCCAGCAGCUGGUUUGCCUCCAGUUGGUGCGGUGGAGCAGAUUGACAAGGUUGUUGCGGAAUCAUUUAAGAUGUUGAAUGCGGAUGAUGGCAAGACGGUUAAAGAAGAUGAGUUCAGGAAAAUAUUGACUGAAAUCCUUGGGAGUAUAAUGCUGCAACUAGAGGGCAACCCUGUCUCAGUUUCUUCCAAUUCAGUCGUGCACGAGCCUCUUUCGUCUUCUUCCUCGCUCUUGCAGUCGUCUUCUUAGUUAUAUAUGUCGUAGAUUACUGAUAAAUAACCAUAUAUCGAACAAACAAAAUUAAAAAAACAAAAUGCAAUAAAUUUUGGUUUGGUAAAUUAUGUAUCAGUAGCUCAAGUUUGUUGUGCAGUUUACUUGUGUUGUGUUAAUAAAUUGUUUAUUUCUUU